GUAGGAGCUAGCUGGGUGCUGGGCGGCAGCGUGCCAGCUCUCCAACACUCUGCAUCUGUGACCAUGGACACAAGCUUCUUUCCCGGCAACCACUGGCUUUUCUUUUCAGUGGAUCUGUUGGUGUUCCUCGUGGGACUACCCCUCAACGUGAUGGCCCUGGUGGUCUUCGUGAACAAGCUGCGUCGCCGCCCGGUGGCCGUGGACUUACUUUUGCUUAACCUGACCAUUUCGGACCUGCUUCUGCUCCUCUUCCUGCCAUUCCGUAUAGUGGAGGCGGCCUGUGGCAUGAAAUGGAUUCUGCCCUUCAUCUUCUGCCCCCUUUCUGGCUUCCUUUUCUUCACCACCAUCUACCUCACCUCCCUCUUCCUGAUGACGGUGAGCAUAGAACGUUUUCUGAGCGUAGCCUACCCACUGUGGUACAAAACCCGGCCCCGGCUGGCCCAGGCUGGUCUGGUCAGUGGCAUCUGUUGGUUCUUGGCAUCAGCUCACUGUAGUGUGAUUUAUGUCACUGAAUACUGGGGAAAUGCAACCUACAGCCAGGGGACCAACGGAACCUGCUACCUGGAAUUCCGGGAGGACCAGCUGGCCAUCCUCCUCCCCGUGCGACUGGAAAUGGCUGUGGUCCUUUUCAUGGUGCCCCUGUGUAUUACCAGUUACUGCUACAGUCGCCUGGUGUGGAUUCUGAGCCAGGGAGCCAGCCGGCGCAGGCGCAAGAGAGUGAUGGGGCUUCUUGUAGCCACGUUGCUCAUCUUCUUUGUCUGCUUCGGCCCCUACAAUAUGUCCCACGUGGUGGGCUACGUGCGCGGUGAGAGUCCGACCUGGCGGAGCUACGUGCUUCUCCUCAGCACCCUCAACUCUUGUAUUGACCCUCUGGUUUUCUACUUUUCAUCCUCCAAGUUCCAAGCCGACUUUCAUCAGCUCCUGUCUAGGCUGAUCAGAGCUUGUGUGCCUUGGACUCAGGAAGUCAGCUUGGAACUGAAGGUAAAGAACGGAGAAGAGCCAUCCAAGGAAUGUCCGAGCUAGAGAAAAGAGUGGACCGGAGGAGGGGUGUGGAAAACACUGGCUCAGCGCUUUGGCCAGCAGAGAGCUCUCCGGGGUCAGGAAGGAGUGGGC